CUAACAGAUCUUCUUGUUUCUAUCGUUUCAGACUGCGACUUUGAUAAUUCAACUUUCUGUGGCUGGGAAAAUGACAAAUCGACAAGAGCGAAGUUUACCUGGGUCAUAUGGUCAGGGAGCACGCCAAGCGUAACUACAGGACCUCAAUCGGAUGUGUCAGGCAAUGGAAAGUAUGCUUAUAUGGAAGCCACAGGUCGUCAACAUGGCGACAACGUUAGGCUUAUUAGUCCAGUAAUGCAAGGUCCAAAGUGUUUUUCAAUGAUGUAUCAUAUGUAUGGCGCCCACAUGGGAAGCUUAAUAAUCUACACGAAGAUCAACAGCAGUGAAACAGUCGAGUGGAUCAAAACGGGAAAUCAUCCCGACCAAUGGUUGGAGGCUGCAGUAUUCUUUAACUCAUCUGUUGAUUACCAGGUGAUCGAUUAG